AUGGUAGAUUCGACAAAUUUCAUCAUCGUCGAUAACCGAAGUGAGAACAAAUCCAUCAGCGCAUCGUGUGACAACAUCUUAGACAAAAAUGGGAACUCAAUUUUUAAGUCUUAUAAUCCUCUUUACAAGCUAACCUACAAGCAUAUCUACAAGUAUAAAAGGAUAACAUGCAUUAGCACCGAUGUAAUUUAUAAUGAAAACGGGGAUGCAUACACGCCACUGUAUCAUUACUAUUAUGAGGACGUGGGUAGCCCCUGCUCUGGUCAGCGCGGGGGGGUCGACGCUGGGGCGCAGACCGAGGAAGCAAGUGGGGAGGUAAAGGAAGAACCAGCAGAAGAAGUACCGGCCGAAUCGGCGACCGAACCGGCAACCGAACCAACAGAGGAACCGCACGAACAACUGAGCGAUGCCGAUACCGACGUGGACGAAGCCACCUACAACGAACGCGCGCCGAAGCAAAAGUGCCUGAAGUACUCCCUGUACGAGCUGCUGCUGCUGCGGUUUUUGGAUGUAAAGGGCGAUACCCAUGACAACAACCCGGAAGAAGGCAAAAUUGAAUACUGCUUCAUCAAGGAGAAUAAAAAUAACAAACCGCCUGUGAACAAAUUUAACCGAGAUAGGUUUGGCCCAAACAACGCCAUGCAGAUGAUGACCCCAGGGUAUACCUCCAACUAUGGCAACCAUGUUAACUUCGCUAGCCACUCCAAUUUUGGGGGUCCACUAAACGCUUCUAUGAACCCGAAUACGGGGGGAAUCAUCCCAAAUUAUGUAAAAGUAAGACCAUCAUUCAGUGAAGAACACUACAAGAAUAGUAAGUAUCACCAAGGCUAUACACCCCACAUGGGAAACAACUUUAAUAUUAGGUCUUUUAAAAAUGUAGAUAACAGUUCCUACCACCUGCCUGAAAAUAAUCUGUUCAUUGACAACGAGGGGAAAAUGCAUCUAACUGGACAGGAAUAUUUCAUGACCAACCAGAACCACUUUCACAACAAAAUGGGAAUGAACAAUAAAUACGACAAGGACAAAAGGGCGUUUCAUUUUUCCAAUGGUGGAGACCUAACCGGUGGUAGGGACACCUCGCUCAUGCACGAUUUUUCCAUCCCACAGGAACAGUCCUCCCCAUUUGACCACCUCCGUCCACAUGACCACCCUGAGAGAAAGAAAAACCAAGCCAGUGAAGCGGACCGAUACUGGGAUAAUCCCUCACAGUACGCCAAGCGAAAUAACAAUGACAUAUUCACACUGGGUGAUAUCAAAAAAUAUUGGAAGAAUAAUGAGAAGGCAAAAAAUCCUAAUUUGAUGGACCAAAAUAACUACAGCAUUUUUAAGGACAAUGAUGAGGAAAAUCUCGCCAAAAGUAAUUUCGCCAGAUGGUUUAAAAAUAGUAAUACUAGUAACCAGGAGGAGCAUGUAGACAUUCUCUCCUACGUGAAUGGUCAUAAUUCUAGCGGUGUGAAUAUCGGGGAUGGCAGGAACGGCCCCAGGGUGAGCAGGAACUACGAAGGAGGCCCCAUUGGCAGUAUUGGCGGUGCGAACUGGGGAAGUGGCGCAAAGAUGGAUGACGGCGGAUUGGGUGUGCACCCCGUGGGGGCUCCGCAGACCGACCAACCCCAAAUAAGCAGCACCGUAGCGGAGCUCCUAAUGAAGCAAAUUUCGAUAUUGAAAGAGCGAAGCAACUCGGAAUACGCCGACAACAGGACUCACGAGGAUGUCCCCUUCGACAACACAUGGCACGCCAGUACCAGUAAUGUGGGCAUGAGUCACCUUAACAGUUUGGCAAGUUUGAACCACGCUGCAAGUGCCAACCACAUCGGGGGAGGGCAUAAAGAACUCCACCCAAGAGAUGGGGGAAAAGGUCUCCUGGACAUAUUCCGAUCGAGCAACUCCAACCGUAUAACUAAUGAGUCCCCCUCUUUCCAUCUUCCCCGUCAUGGAAGCCGAGGAAAUAUCAACAACGUGAACAAUUUGGCUAACCUGGCGAACGCGUCCAACAUAGCCAACAUCGCAAAUAUGGUUAACCUGGCCAAUUUGGCAAAUAUAACUAGCAAUGAACAAUAUACCAGAAAUCAGCAGAAGCACUAUGCGGAAAACAACACCUUUCCUUAUGGCAACCUUGUGGCAGACACCGUCCAUAAUGAUCAUAGCAACAGAAGCAACAACGACAUGAAUAGUUUGGAUGGCAUCCUCAUCAAUAGGAGACCUUCUCACCCCUUUUUACAAAACAGUGGAAGCAACGUUAAAAUGAACUCACCAAGUAAUACCCUGGGGAAGAAAAUUCACAACGGUCAAAAUUUUGCUCAAUUGAAUAAUCCCAACCUAGAAGCCUUUAAAAAUCAGGGUAGUCUACCUCCACAAGGAAACAUAAACAUAACCCCCAUUAUAAACUCGUUACUCCGUCUGGAUAAUGACCAUACACAGGGGGAUAACAGCGGCAACGUGGCCUACAAUUUGGCAGAUAACUCCAUUCCAGAAAGUAUUAAAAAUGCCAAGGUGAACAAUGUUCUGGAUUCGCUUAAGUCCCUCCUGAAGGCGUCAAAGAAUGGCACGACAAGCGGGGCGAACAACGAUAUGAGCUUUAUGAGCGGUAUGAGUGGCAUGCCUAACAUAGGCAGCGUAGGCAGUGUAGGCAGCAUGGGAGGACCCCCCCUCAGCGCGAAUAGCAAAAACUUCGGCAGCCCCAAAGGUGGACACCACCAAAAUAACAAGAAUGCCAAUUAUCAUGCCCAGCAAAUGUACCCACCUCAGCACAUGCACCAGCACUGUGGACCCCCAAUGCAAGAUUUUUACAAAAAAAAAUUCACCAAGAAGGACAGCCUCAAAUAUAACUUCAAGCACGCGGACGUGGAUAUCACCACCAAUGAGACUAUCAUGGUACAACGGAAGGAUGAAAGGAAAAGGAAACCCUAA